CGAAAAACCCGUGUAGCUAGGAAUUCGGUUCAAGAGCCGGUACACGGCGGCGGAUAUUUGUACAGAGUCAGCGUGUAUAUAAAGACGGAAAAACGGUCUUCUUAUACUGUAAGAAAAAAUGGAAAAAUGGCUACGAAAAUAUAUAUAUAUAUAUAUCAAAUAGUUUCCAUAUAUAUUCUCUUUCACACUUUUGCUUCCAAAUAUUUCCAAACAUAAAAAUCUAACAAAUUUAUAUUAUAUAUAUAUAUAUGUAAAACUGAAACUUAUCCCAUUCGUAAUCGUAUAUGCCAAUUCAUCCAUCAUAUCAUCAUCACCAUCAUCAUCUUCAGCUUUGUAAUGUGUGCCUCUUACUUUCUUUCUAAUCUAUUCCAUUUUCUGUCGUAUAUUCCUGAGAAACAAACACUCAUUCACAAAUUAAACCGUGAGAGAAGCUAGAUCACAGUGAAAGAAGGACGAAUACGAGGAGAGAGAGAGAGAGAGGAGAGAGUUUUUUUCUUUUGCUUCGAGCCUAUAGCUUCCAUGGAUUCCAAGGUAGCUCAGCGUCGCCUUAAAGUUAUUCACAGCCACUUCAUCACCGCCGAUGACUCUCCCUCACUUCUUGGACCUAAUCCUACUGCCGGCGAGUUCGUCUCUGAGCAAGGAUACAGUGUUGUGCUUCCUGAGAAACUACAGACAGGAAAGUGGAACGUGUACAGGUCUGCACGUUCUCCUUUGAAGCUUGUGAGUAGGUUUCCUGAUCAUCCCGAAAUUGCUACACUACAUGAUAAUUUUGUGCAUGCAGUUGAUACUUUCCGAGAUUAUAAGUACCUUGGAACACGAAUUCGGGUUGAUGGAACAGUUGGAGAGUACAAAUGGAUGACAUAUGGAGAAGCAGGUACUGCUCGGUCAGGGAUAGGUUCUGGCCUAAUGUAUCAUGGGAUACCAAAGGGAUCUAGCAUUGGGUUGUAUUUUAUCAACAGACCUGAGUGGCUCAUUGUUGAUCAUGCAUGCUCUGCAUAUUCCUACGUAUCAGUUCCUUUAUAUGAUACUCUUGGUCCAGAUGCUGUCAAGUAUAUUGUAAAUCAUGCCGUUGUUCAAGCUAUAUUUUGUGUGCCUCAAACAUUAAAUACUUUAUUGAGCUUCUUGUCAGACAUUCCAACUGUACAUUUAAUUGUGGUUGUUGGAGGGAUAGACGACCAAAUACCAUCUCUUCCACCAUCAACAGGAGUUAAGGUUGUAACAUACUCAAAGUUGCUUAGUCAGGGCCGCAGUAGCCUUCAGCCAUUUUGCCCACCACAACCUGAUGAUGUUGCAACAAUUUGCUAUACAAGUGGUACAACUGGGACUCCAAAGGGAGCUGUAUUAACGCAUGGAAAUUUGAUUGCAAAUGUUGCUGGGGCCAGUAUUGCUGUCAAAUUCUAUCCCUCAGAUAUUUACAUAUCAUAUCUUCCUUUGGCACACAUCUAUGAGCGGGCCAACCAGAUAGUGGUUGCAUAUUUUGGAGGUGCUGUUGGAUUCUACCAGGGGGAUAAUAUGAAACUAAUGGAUGAUAUGGCAGCUCUGAGACCUACUAUCUUUUGCAGUGUUCCAAGGCUUUAUAAUAGAAUUUAUGCUGGUAUAUUAAAUGCUGUAAAGACAUCUGGGGUGCUGAGGGAAAGGUUAUUUAAUGCUGCCUACAAUGCGAAGAAGCAAGCAAUAUUAAAUGGGAAAAAUCCCUCUCCCAUGUGGGACAAAUUGGUUUUCAAUAAGAUAAAAGAUAAGCUUGGAGGUCGAGUUCGUUUCAUGGCAUCGGGUGCCUCACCCCUGUCACCUGAUGUCAUGGACUUUCUAAAGAUCUGUUUUGGUUGUCCAGUAGUUGAAGGAUAUGGAAUGACUGAGACUUCUUGUGUUGUAAGUUCUAUGGAUGAGCAUGAUGUUCUAUCUGGUCAUGUGGGCUCUCCUAAUCCAGCUUGUGAAAUAAAACUUGUGGAUGUCCCAGAAAUGAACUACACAUCUGAGGAUGAACCCUAUCCCCGUGGUGAAAUUUGUGUGAGGGGUCCGAUUAUUUUCCGUGGCUAUCACAAAGAUGAAUUACAGACGAGGGAAGUAUUUGAUGAUGAUGGCUGGCUUCAUACUGGAGACAUUGGGUUGUGGCUACCAGGUGGUCGUCUAAAAAUUAUUGAUAGGAAGAAGAACAUUUUUAAGUUGGCACAGGGAGAGUACAUAGCUCCUGAGAAAAUUGAGAAUGUAUAUGCAAAGUGCAAGUUUGUUGCCCAAUGUUUUGUAUAUGGUGAUAGCUUAAAUUCAUCUUUGGUAGCAAUUGUCUCAGUGGACCCUGAUGUAUUGAAAGCAUGGGCUGCUUCGGAAGGAAUUAAGUAUGAAGAUUUAGGGCAGCUAUGCAACGAUCCAAGAGCAAGGGCUGCUGUAUUGGCUGAUAUGGAUGCUGUUGGAAGAGAAGCUCAGUUGAGAGGUUUUGAAUUUGCAAAAGCUGUGACCCUGGUGGUUGAACCAUUUACAAUGGAGAAUGGUUUGCUUACUCCAACAUUUAAGGUCAAGAGACCUCAAGCGAAGGAAUACUUUGCAAAAUCAAUUUCACAGAUGUAUGCGGAGAUCUCUUCUUCUGACCCCUCGCCCAGAAAGUAACUGUGAAGUGGGUUAUUGAAAAGGAGCUAGUAUAGAUGUUCAGUGGGGAAAAAAAAAUAAAAGAAAUGGAGAGAGACAGAGGAGAAGCAGCUAAAUAAACAUUCAAAUCAGAACAUUCUUGAUAGGGUGUGUUCAGCAGACUCUCUUGCUUUGAUACAUAAUUGGAGAUGACACAGCGGAAGGGGGGUCUCUGUCUAGUGUUUAUUCUAUUUUAUUUUUCUGGUUUCCAAAUUAAAUAAUUGAUUUCAAUUUGUUUACUACAGUGACCUCUGGACCAGAUGAUUUAAAAAUGUUAAUUUCUAAUGGAAAAAAAAAGAAAAAAAAAAAAAGAGAAGCCUGUAAAAUUUUAAUAUUUGAGAAUGGAUUUGGCCACACAUUUGUGUUUUA